AUGGACGGGCUGCUCAUCAACUCCGAAGACAUCAUCCACGAGGCCACGAACGCGCUCCUUGAAAAAUACGGAAGACCCCUCUUGACGCAGUCCAUGCGGGCCAAGCUCAUGGGCGUGGCGGGCUCAACCAACAGCGACAUGUUCCAUAGCUGGGCUCAGCUUUCCAUCCCUCGCGAGCAAUUUCGUCACGAAUUAGGGGAGCAAAUGAGGCACCGAUUCCCCAACUGCGAACCACUGACUGGUGCCGAAACACUGCUGUCAAACCUCUGCCAGGGACGCAACAUCUCGACCGGGGCGAAGAUUGAGUUGGCACUGGCAUCCAACACCAAGAGCACUUCCUAUGAAUUGAAAGUCUCGAGACCAGAGACAAGGCAUUUGCUAGCCUGCUUCCAGCCGGAGAGGCGGGUGCUGGGCGACGAUCCGCGACUAAGACAGGGGAGGACGAAGCCAGUGCCCGACAUCUACCUCAUCGCUCUCGAGUCGCUUAAUUCGAGUCUGGAUCCUGGCUUGAAGCCCAUACAACCCAACGAAUGUUUAGUUCUUGAAGAUAGCGUGGCCGGGGUAGAAGCUGGGAGGCGGGCUGGGAUGAGAGUUAUUUGGGUACCGCAUCCAAUUCUGGCGGCUGAGUAUCAGUCCAAACAAAAGGGUAUAUUGGCAGGAAGGUCGGGAAUGUUUAACAUCGGAGAUGACUGGCAGCUAGGCGAAGUCGACGAUGGCUGGGCCGAAAGCAUUCCGAGUCUGCGGCACUUUGAUUAUGGCAAAUAUGACAUCCAUAUACCGUUGUAG